UGAUUCCGCUUGUCCCCAUUUCGGACCGAUUUCUCCCUCGCUGGCCCCUAGCCAAUAUGUCACCCUCUCAGCCCGCCCUUGCUUCUAUCAGACGCCUGUGAAGGGGGCGGCGCCUCGCUGGCAGUAGGAGUUGUGUAAGGGGAGAGUGAGAGCAGCACAUUGAUACGCUGGAGCUGGAGAGUUGGUUGUGUAAGCAGGAUCUGCAGGGAACUACAGAGGGGCUAACAAAAUGUUUGGCACUGUGGUGGUGGGGAUCGGAAUUGCUGGAUCUGUGCGGAUAAGAGACAUGCUGAAUCCGAUGCCUUCCAGCCCUUCUGAGCACCUGAAACUGUUUGGCUUUGUAUCCAGAAGAACCCUCGGUAAUAUUAAUGAGGUCAAGCAGAUUAGUUUGCAAGAUGCUCUGGGAAACAAAGAGAUCCAGGCGGCCAUCAUCAGCACUGACAACAAAAGCCAUGAGGAGAAUGUCAGGAUGUUCUUGGAGGCUGGGAAACAUGUCCUUGUCGAGUACCCCAUGGCGCUGUCCGCUAGCACAGCACGUGAGCUCUGGGAGAUGGCUGAGCAGAAAGGUAAAAUCCUCCAUGUGGAGCACAUUGAACUUUUGACAGAAGAGUACAAGCAGCUGAAAAAGGAGGUGGCUGGGAAGGAGCUUGUGAAAGGAACGUUACAUUUCACAGGUGGUGCCUUGGAUGAAGAGCGAUCAGGCUUCCCAGCUUUCAGCGGAAUUGCCCGCCUGACUUGGCUCGUUGACCUCUUUGGAGACCUCACUGUCACCUCAGCCACUAGAGAGGAACACAAAGAAAAGAGUUAUUCCAGAAUGACAGCACAUUUUCAGACUGCAAACAAGAAACCUCUGACAUGGAUUGAAGAAAGGGGACCAGGGCUGAGACGUGAUAAGAAAAUCAACUUCUGUUUCAAAAGUGGCUGCCUGGAGAACCUCCCUGAGGCCCCAAAGUCUGCUGUGGGCCUCUUCAUGCAAGAUCAGAACCUCUUUGCCAAAAAACUGUUGAGCCAGGUCUCCAGAGAAGAGCUGGCCGCUGAGAAGUGGCGCAUCCUGCGGUGCCUGGACCUCGCAGAGGAGAUUCAGCAGCACUGUGAACGGCCGGCGAAAAUCCAUUCCUAAGGCCGCUCUUUAUGAGAAAGGGAAUGUGGUAGUCAGAGGCUGAGUAGAGCUGCAGCUUAGUGUUACCCUAAAGCAGCUUGUUGGCAGUUAACUUCUAUUUGAUUGGUUCUUACCAUUAAAAUCCAUGGGGCUUUGCUCAGUAGCUUGGGCCCCACAAGUGUUUUAUGCUGUGUGAGAUAUUUAACAUGGCAGAACUGGAUGAUGCAUUGGGCUGUCCCCAGUACAUGGCAUCUUUCCAGUCAAACUUAAAGCUACCAGGCAAAGAGCAUUCAGAUGUGUUGCUCCCACAGAAGUCAAUGGGAGAUUUUGUCAUUGACCUCAAUGGGAGCAGGCCCAAUGACACUGCAGAAGCUACAAUUUUAUUAAAUAUAAUUUUAGUUCCUUCUUCUUUUUAAUAUAUAUGAGAGUAAGAGAUUUAUAGCACUGUCUAGAAUGAGGCAUAGAGCUGCUCUACAAGCCUCUCUACCUCCAAAGGUGUUAUAGCACCACACACCUGACCUGCAAAACUUCACAUAUUCCAGUCUUGUCCCUUCCCUGAGUAAUUGCCCUGAACGAUACUUUGUAUAUUGGCUGUGGGCCAGAUUCUGAUAUUUUACACCAGUGCAAACCAAAUCCAUUACUUACAACGGCAUUUACACUGGUUUAAACACAGAAUAAAUUAGAUCGGAAUCUGUCCUCUCACUGGGUGUUAUGCUGAGAUCACUAAACUGAUUUCUCUGCUGCCUUAUGCCAGGUUGUAACCCACUUUUCCAGAGGCGAAAGGUUGGUAUAAUACAUUAACCCACUGCAUCACCUGCCCCUUUUCAAGAUCCUUUCCCCAUAACCAGUCCUUGGCUCCUCUGUUUCUGAGCACAGUGGCUCACUGGCACACUGAGGCAUGCCCAUAACCCCUAUUAAUGUUCAUGAGAAUUCUGCAUGUGACCCAGUGUGAGAAUGGACCACUCUGAAUAAAUGAAAUGUAUUAAUUUAAUAGAAACUAUAAAUAAUACAUUUAUAGAAACAGGGACAAUAUAGUAAUGCCAGUUAUAGCAUGGUGUUAGGAAAUAGAGCAUUUUUGCAAAUAGCAACCAUGCAACUGUGAUACUAUUUAUUUGUUGUUUUUCAGUAGUGCCCAGAGACCCCAUGGUGCUAGUUGCUGAAUAAAUACAUGGCAAGAUUUGGUCCCUGCCAUAAAGAAAUUGCAGUCCCGAAAAGUGCCAAGUCAUCAGCAUACAUAGAGAAAAAACUGAAGCAAUACCUUUGUCUCCCUGUAUUAUAUUCUAAUUACAACACACAUCUGUUAUAAUAGCAAUAAAGCCCUCUUGAGAAUG